AAAACUGCCGGUCUACCGCAAAAGAAGCCUUGGUUGUUCCUUCGCGUCUCUCGUAAACCGGGGCGGUACACAGAUUUCCCACCAUCGGUAAUACUACUCGGCUCACAAAUCGUAUUUCUCCGAUCACCACCUCGCGCCUCCCAUUCUCCAGCUCUCUUUAUCUCACCCCCUAGUUCCCCAUAUUUCUCCCCCUUCCUCAUCCCAAUCUCAAUGGCCUCUUCCAAUCAUCUACCCGGCACGACUCUUCCUCCAUUCAUGAUUUUCAUCGGCUACGACCCCCGCGAGGACGCCGCCUACAAUGUCUGUCGCCACUCUCUCCUCAAGCACUCCUCCAUUCCUCUCCACAUCUCACCCAUCAAACAAUCCGAUCUCCGGUCUUCUAAUCUAUAUUCCCGCAAACGCGACACCACCGAAAGCACCGAGUUCUCAUUCACCCGAUUCCUCACCCCUUACCUGGCCGGCUUCCAGGGAUGGGCCAUGUUUGUCGACUGUGACUUCCUAUACACCGCCGAUGUGGCCGAUCUCGUCGCUCUCAUUGACGAUCGCUUCGCCGUCAUGUGUGUACACCAUGAGUACGUUCCUAAAGAGACUACUAAGAUGGACGGCGCCGUUCAGACUGUGUACCCGCGGAAGAACUGGUCUUCUAUGGUUCUUUACAAUUGUGGUCAUCCCAAGAAUCGGAUACUGACGCCGGAGCUCGUGAGCUCGGAAACAGGGGCGUUUCUUCACCGUUUCAGGUGGCUUGAUGAUGAGGAGAUUGGAUCUGUGCCUUUUGUUUGGAAUUUUCUUGUGGGGCAUAAUCGGGUGGUGGAGAAUGAUCCCACUACGUUUCCGAAGGCGAUUCAUUAUACAUUGGGCGGGCCUUGGUUUGAGAGGUACAAGGAUUGUGAGUUUGCUGAUUUGUGGCUGAAGGAGUUGGAAGAGUGCGAGAAGGAGAAGAAAGGCGAUUAUUGAUGGACAUUCCCAAAGCAUCCCAAACAGCUGGAGAAGCAUCCACAAUGUUAUUGUGGCAUGGAGGUUGGAAAUCAUGAUCAGCAUCACAACCAUAUACGGAGUCACAUUCAUCCACAACCUUAGCCAACACCGAC